CAGCCCAUGAUCAAAGAGCUUAUUCGCAUCGGAUCCCAAUUCAUUGGGUACCGUGAGUAUGCCAGCAGAACUGAAGAGAAACUUGCAGAGGCCAACAAGCUUGCCGACACUCUUGCUCAAAAACUGGAGCAAAGUGAAGCGGCCCGCAAGAAAGCCGAACUUGUUGCUAGCGAAGCCAAAGCAGAGGCUAAUGAAGCCAAGGCAAAAGCUGCUAGUGUCGAGGAACUGCAGAAGAGACUUGAAGAUGCUGAAGCUGCUUUAAACGAGCACAAAGCCGCACAGGACACCCGUGAAAAGGGAAUCCUCAAGCGCUUGAACACGCAAAAUCGUCGCUUCCUCGGUAACUUUGUUGAUCCCUUCUAUUUUUCUUAAGACUUGCUUUCUUUUGUUUUUACUUGCUGUCGACUAACAUAUAAUUUCUAUGGCAGGUCAAACAAGCCAAGAUUUUGACCUUGAGAAUCCC